AUGAUGGUACUAUGUCCAGGAAUUGCAGCUGUUCGGGCAGGUGGCAAGGGUUGUUGUGGUGCAGGUUGCUGUGGAAAUCGCUGCAGGAUGCUGCGCUCUGUCUUCUCCUCAGCGUUUGGGUUGCUUGGAGCCAUCUACUGCCUCUCUGUAUCAGGUGCAGGCCUCCGAAGUGGACCAUUAUGUGCAACAAGUGAUGGUGAUUGGAAAUACCACUUCCAAGGGGAAGGAGGUGCUUACUUGCUCAAUCAUACCCUGUGGACUCUGUGCGUAAAGCCCCCUAAUAUAGUCUACUGGAAUGUGACUCUCUUCUCACUGCUGGUGGGCGCCUCGUGCCUGGAGAUUGUGCUGUGUGGAGUGCAGCUGGUGAACGCAACCAUUGGUGUCUUCUGUGGCGACUGCAGGAAGAAAGAGGUGGGAAAGGCCGAGGUAGAGCUGUGUAAGGAAACUAUUUGCUCCCUGGCUGGGUCCUCAUUAUCUCUUUUCCACAGGGCACUUCUCACUGAGACUCCAGUGACUUCCCUGCUGUUCUUCAUACCUGCCCAGCCCCUGCCUACCCUGGAAUACUGGAAUAAACUGCUUUGUGCUCUCUUACACGUCUCAGACUGUGCCCUAUGGGACUAG